AGAGGCAGAAUAUAGUGUGGGAAUCAAGACCAGUACACAUAGUUUUAUAAUGGCAGUCUUCAGAUGUCGAUACAAACUAAAACCUAAAGUAGUGGCCAUAAGUUCCUUCCUUUGCAUUGCUCUGACUGUACAUUACUUCAUUUCGUCCAAUUUUAGGACUAAAAGCCAAACCAAUUCCUUUGGAAGGAAGUCUUACUCUAGAGUUUAUAUGUCUAAUGAUGCUCAAAAUCCGAAUCAACAGAUUGAGGUUUGUAGGAUACACCAGCUACCACUUUACAGCCGAGAAAUCGAACAUGCUAUUCAACCAAUGGAUAAACCUCUUGUAUGCAAUGGAACCAACCUGUUUUAUUUUAAAGACAAUAUUUUAUCAAUAAAUAUGAGUGUCUUGUACCCGAUUCAUAAUACCAUAGAUUUGUACGAAUUUAAAUCUAGAAAGUUGGAAAAUAAACCAGUUAUAAAAGCAUGUGAAUAUAGGGGAAUAGAAAGAGUGACAGAUUCAUUUUUCACAUACACGGAGAGUAUCAUCAAAGAAAAGGAACCAUUUAACUUCCUAAUCAAGCAUGACUUUGUACGAGUGAAAUGUCUGUUAAAUUCCACUGUCAAUUUAAUCAACGCAGAUGAGAACGAGACUGAAAAAAAUGUUGACAGUGACGGCUCUUAUAACGAAGCUGACGAGAGGAUCGAAUCGGAAAGGAACAUCUUUGAGGAGUAUCUCGUAGAUUUUGACCAGUUUUUAGUCCAAGUUUAUCCUCGAGAGGAGGUUUUUAAAAGAGCCUCCGCCUUGCCAGAUUCACUCGGUUCGGAUCAGAUGAAUGUGAUGCUGAUUAUUUUGGAUUCUAUGUCUCACAUGUCAUUCCGUAGAAAACUGCCAAAAACUUACAGCUUUUUAAAGAAAAAUUUAGCGUCAACAAUUCUGAAUGCAUAUAAUAUUGUUGGUGAUGCUACUCUAGCAGCAUUGAUACCAAUUUUAACAGGUAAAACAGAACUCAAGUUACCUGAAGUUAGAAAAAGCCAGGAAGACUCUUAUUACAUGGACAUUUAUCCAAUGAUCUGGAAGGAGUUUAAGAAAAAGGGAUAUGUCACCAUGUUUGCUGAGGACGAACCUUCAAUUAGUGCUUUUAACCUUAGAUUAAAUGGUUUUAAGGAAUCCCCAGUGGACCACUAUAUGAGACCAUUUUGGCAGGCCAUCUGGGACUCUGAACUCCGAGAAAGGAGCAAAAGAUAUUGCACAGGUGGUACGCCACAUCAUAAGUUUUUAUUAGAAUACCUGAAAGACUUCUAUGUGAAAUAUCAGAAUAUUUCCAAGUUUUCCUUGACAUUUUUGGCCGAAUUGACUCAUUGGGAUAAUAACCCAGGAGAAUAUUUAGAUAUGGAUUUUAUGAAAUCGCUGAAAAUGUUCAGCAAGUUGGGAUUUCUGGACAAUACUCUACUGAUUGUGAUGGGGGACCAUGGUGCUAGAUACGGGAGGAUCAGACGUACAUUACAGGGGAAAAUAGAAGAGAGGCUGCCCUUCAUGAGUCUUCAUUUUCCUCAUCGAUUUAAACUUACACAUCCUCAUUUGAUUAAACUUCUUUCAAAAAAUGCAAAUCGACUGACAACACCUUUUGAUGUUCAUGAAACACUUAGGGAUGUCAUUGACUUGUCAAGGUUGUAUAAACCUGUGAUACCUAGCAGAGGAAUUAGUCUCCUUCAGGAGAUUCCGGCCAAUCGUAAUUGUGCGUCUGCUCAUAUUGACCUACAUUGGUGUUCAUGUUUAGUGCAAAGUAAGGUGGACGCAAACAGUGAUAAUAUAAAAGUCAUGGCAGAUGAACUUCUUCAUUAUAUCAAUGAUUUGACACUGCCAUUGAGGGACUCAUGUCAUGAGCUUUCAAUUCUUAAAAUAAAAUCUGCAAAUUUAAUUAGUCCUAAUGAAAAAGUUUUGAAAUUUUUGAAAACAGUGGAUGCUGAUCAGAGAGUGGCCAACUUUAGUUCAGAAAUAAAUGUAGAUGUAGCACAUUACCAAAUAACCAUGGAAACACUUCCAAACUAUGCACGAUACGAGGGCACAGUGACAAAGAACUUGAAAGACAACAAAUAUGAAGUUUUCCGCAGCGUCAGUAGGUUAGAUCACUAUGGCAACCAGUCUGCCUGUGUGAUGAAACAGUAUCCAGAUCUCAGAAAAUUUUGUCACUGCAGAUGAUAUUCAUUGAGUUUUGAUAAACUGUUCUCACAUAUCAUGGAUACAAAAUCAGGUUAGAUGUGUUCUUUAGGUGGGUUAACAGGUAACUGACCAUGGUUAGUGAACGAAACUCCUGAAUGUAUACUUCCAGGAAUGCAGGCAGCAGUUACUGGCCUUUGAAAUUUUAGGGUUAUUAAUUAAUUUGAGAUUCGGGACAUAUAGUUU